AACAAUAUAAUAUAUGUAUAUAUAUUUUUAAAAAUAAAAAUCUUAAAAUAUCCCGGCGUACGCAUGACCACCACCGACAGAAAAUUGCCAAGUAGCAGUGAACGGUGGCGGUAGCGGCGGAGGAUAGCUGAUGAGCAAGGGAGAUACUGAAUUCUAAUGAGUGAUUGAUAACUCACAAAAUCAAAUUAGUUUCGUUUUAAUCGAAUUCAAAUGACAGCGUGAUGGAUCCCCCACCCCAAUUUUCUUCCUCAUUGCCUCCUCUGCAAAGCCCUAACCCUAAUGUUUUGAACACCAACUCCGAUUCGAUCCCAAAUUUGCUCCAAAACCCUAACCCUAACCCUGCCUUGAGCCACUAUCUCUCUUUGUCUGUCCCUAAGAAGAGGAGGCGCGGCAGGUCCCAACGCAAUCCGACGUCGUUUCGCGUUCCUCUCUCUCUCAAUGCUUCUUUCAACGCUAACUACAACGAUCCAUCUUCUUCUUCAUCCAGAAACCCUUCGUCAUCUGCACCCGACAUCGCCGACGAGAUCAUCGUGAUCAACAAGGAACCCAAAACGGAAGCGUUGAUUGCUCUUACGGCUGGUUUUCCGGCGGAUUCGCUGACGGAGGAGGAAAUCGAAGCCGGGGUUCUCCCCGUCAUUGGAGGGCUCGAACAGGUGAAUUACACUCUCAUUAGGAACCACAUUAUUGCGAAAUGGCGGGAGAAUGUGUCCAAUUGGGUCAGUAAGAAAAUGUUUGUUGAUUAUAUACCUCAACAUUACCAUGCCCUUUUGGACUCUGCGUAUAAUUAUCUUGUCUCACAUGGGUAUAUCAAUUUUGGAGUUGCUCCUUCCAUUAAGGAAAAGAUUCUGGUGGAGCCAAGUAAGCCAGGGGUGAUUGUUAUCGGUGCUGGCCUUGCUGGGUUGGCUGCGGCGCGGCAGCUGAUGAGGUUCGGGUUUAAGGUGACAGUUUUGGAAGGGAGGAAACGAGCCGGUGGACGGGUUUACACAAAGAAGAUGGAGGGAGGGAAUAGGGUGUGCGCCGCGGCGGAUUUAGGUGGGAGUGUUUUGACAGGUACCUUGGGAAAUCCCCUUGGGAUUGUAGCUCGGCAGUUAGGUGAUCUGCUUCAUAAGGUGAAGGAUCGGUGUCCGCUUUAUUGUGUGGAUGGAAAGCCAGUUGAUCCUGAUAUGGAUGUGAAGGUGGAAUCUGCUUUUAACCGAUUGCUUGACAAGGCAAGCCGGCUUAGGCAGUUGAUGGGGGAGGUCUCUGUUGAUGUGUCACUUGGUGCUGCGCUGGAAACAUUUAGGCAAGUGUAUAAGGAUGCUGUGACUGAUGAGGAGAUAAACUUGUUCAAUUGGCAUCUUGCAAAUUUGGAAUAUGCGAAUGCGGGUUUACUAUCGAAUCUUUCGCUUGCAUUUUGGGACCAAGAUGAUCCUUAUGAUAUGGGAGGGGAUCAUUGUUUUUUGCCUGGUGGGAACGGAAAGCUGGUUCAAGCUUUGGCUGAGAAUGUGUCUAUUUUGUAUGAGAAAACUGUGCAUACGAUUAGGUACAGUAGUGAUGGAGUGCAGGUCAUUGCAGGAAGUCAGGUAUUUGAGGGUGAUAUGGCAUUGUGUACGGUUCCACUAGGUGUCUUAAAGAAAGGGUCAAUCAAAUUUAUACCAGAGUUGCCUCAACGAAAGCUUGAUGGAAUAAAAAGAUUGGGUUUUGGUCUACUGAAUAAGGUUGCUAUGCUUUUUCCUCAUGUGUUCUGGGAGAUGGAUCUUGACACAUUUGGACAUCUUUCUGAUGAUCCAAGUCGCCGUGGGGAAUUCUUUUUGUUCUAUAGUUAUGCUACAGUUGCUGGCGGUCCCCUGCUGAUUGCUUUAGUAGCAGGGGAAGCUGCACAUAAGUUUGAGAGCAUGCCCCCUACAGACGCAGUCACACGUGUUAUUCAAAUUCUCAAGGGUAUCUAUGAACCAAAAGGAAUCAAUGUUCCUGAACCUAUUCAAACUGUUUGUACUAGAUGGGGUAGUGAUCCCUUCUGCUUUGGUUCUUACUCUAAUGUUGCAGUUGGAGCUUCAGGUGAUGAUUAUGACAUUUUAGCAGAAAGUGUGGGAGAUGGUAGACUUUUCUUUGCUGGGGAAGCAACCACUAGGCGCUAUCCUGCUACCAUGCACGGGGCUUUUCUAAGUGGUCUAAGAGAAGCUGCAAAUAUGGCCCACUAUGCUAAUAUUCGAUCACUGAAGAUGAAAGUCGAUAAGACCCCUUCAAAUGCUCAUUCUUGUGCUUCCCUUCUUGCAGAUUUAUUUAGAGAACCUGAUAUAGAAUUUGGGAGUUUUUCUGUCAUUUUUGCUCGAAAGAAUGCAGACCCCAAGUCACCAGCAAUCUUGAGGGUAACAUUUAGUGAGCCUAGAAAGAAGUGUCAUGAAGUUGCAAAACAAGACCAACAACUGCACUCAAACAAAUUACUUUUUCAGCAGCUUCAGUCACAUUUUAAUCAACAGCAGCAGCUUCAUGUUUACACUUUACUGUCAAGACAACAAGUUCUUGACCUACGGGAGGUAAGAGGUGGCGAUGAAAUGAGAUUGAAUUACCUUUGUGAAAAGCUAGGAGUGAAACUGGUGGGAAGAAAAGGAUUGGGACUGGGUGCUGAUUCUGUCAUUGCUUCUAUUAAAGCUGAGAGGGGCAAUCGGAAGCCCAUUUCAACCUCUUUGGCUCUUAAAUCAGGAGUAUCAAAGCUGAAAGCUGGCAUAAUGAAGCGCAAGUUAAUCAGAAGGGCAAAAGUUGUGAGGAAAAGCAAUGGGUCUGUUGUUCAUGCUAGCACAAAUGUGGGGAGUGCCAACAAAGUAUCAGAAGAGAUGCAGAUGACAGAUCAAGUGCUUCCUGAUGUGCCUGUUUCAGGGAACAAUCAGAAUGACGUGUCAAAUUCAUGAAUGGAUGAAUAGCCUUCCUUCACAUAGUAGAAAAACUAAGAUGCCAUUCAACUUGUUCUCCCUUAGUGCUUUUCUCUGAUCAUCAGGUGUCAUUCUCUGUAUCCUCAGUAAUUUAUCAACAAUAUUUCUCUUAACAUUUUUCUAGUAAAUGGUAAUUAGUAAGAAGUGCGAGGGUGAGCCUUGGUACCAUGGUAAGAUUUCUGCCUUGUGGCCCAGGGUUGAAAUCCUAGAAAAGCCUCGCUACUUGCAAGGAUAAACCUCUCUACACCCCCCAAACCUCACUAGGCGAGAGCCUCACGCACAGGGUAAUUUGUAAGAAAUACAUUUGAAAGUUGUAGUAGAUAAUCUUCUAAUUAAAUCUAAGAUCUUGACAAUGUUGGCCCAUGCAUGAUACCCAUCUAUCAUUUUCCUUGACAUUCUUUAACAAUAUGGGUACCAGCUGUUUGCCAAAGUUUCAUACAUAACAUUGUUGUAGCUGUCUUUGGGUAAGGUAUCAAUUUAUAGCAUUUCAUCCUCAGCGCAAUUGUUCAAUAAAUUGAAGAUGGGGUCUUGCAAAAUACCUUGAGUGCUGAUCGUGCUUUGAUGCAGCAAACUAGCAUGUAUUAUAUCUAUUCUAAAUCAACAGAUUCAACACCAAUCAGAAUGUUGACAUUGCCUUGGUCUAUACCUGAUAUGCCUUGAGUAGAUGGAUAUGCCUGCUACCGAAGAGAUGAACUAGUGAAUGGGUUACCUGACCAGAGGUCUCAUUAUGCCCAUGUCUCCUGCAAAUUGAGAUUUGAGACUGGCCAUUGCCCCUUUUAAGGUUCAGUGCCACCUUUUAAGGCAGCAAAGGGGAAAGAAAAUCUGUUCUUGUAAUAUUUUGUAUUCUCAUUUGUGCUUAUUGAAUGAUUUAUUAGGAAAUGAAACCACAAUCUGUAACUUAUUCUACGAUCGGAAAGUCAUGCUCCUCAAUUCUCUCCUGUAUGAGUCUUUUUUUUUUUUAAACUUCUUUUUAGUGCACUAAUGUUGGGUGCCAUUCGGCUUUCAUGGGAUUAAGCGUUGACUUUAUGCAUAAAGUUUAGUUGUU